AUGAAGUUGCUCACUAAGGAAGAAGAAGACGCGCACUACCGCUCCGUCGUCAAAGGCGGCAGCUUCGGUGGCAUCAUCGGUCUUCUCGGUGGUGCUGCGGGCGUCAUGCUCGCUUCGCGUCGAUACCACACAAUCCGCAACCUGACCAUCCCCAUGAAAGCCUUCCUGGUGACAUCAUCUGGUACCUUUGUCGGUAUCAUCGCAGCCGAUCACGCCUCCCGAGAUUUCGAGAAGCAGCAGAAUGCCGCUAUGCUGUGGUACGAGAGCCGCGAGGACCGUCUACAUGCUGAAGAGCUGCGCGGCCUGAGCUUCACCGACCGAGCUAUCGCCUUCGCCCGCCGCGAGAAGUACAAGAUCGUCGGCGCUACAUGGGUCGCCUCCAUGAUCGGUUCUUUCGUCCUGGUCGGUCGGAACCCGUAUCUGUCCGGUCAGCAGAAGAUUGUCCAGGCUCGUGUGUAUGCUCAGGGUUUGACUUUGGCCGUGCUGUGCGCUUCUGCUGCGUUCGAGAUAUCGGAUCAGCGUCGGGGCCGUGGUCUUCUUGAUGCUACUAAGAAGAAUAAGAAGCAGCAGCUUGAGGAUGCUGCCGAGCCUGCUCCUGUGCAUGGGGUCAGUAAGGAUCAGGGUGAUCUCUGGAAGGAGAUGGUUGCUGCAGAGGAGGAGCGUCUUAAGUCCAAGCACCAGCCCCUUCAUGUGAAGCAUGAGGGGGACCAUAACGGACACCAUGAGGGUGCUGAGGCGAAGGAGAGUGCUUCCGAGCCCGCCUCCAAGACUGAAGAGAAGUCCGAGUCUGAAUCCGAAUCCAAGGAAGAGUCCAAGGCCGAGAAGACCAAGGGCAAGAAGCAGGCUUAA